AUGCGCGAGACACUGCCUCCGCGAGGAAGCGGGUCAUCCUCGGACCCCGCCGACCAGGACGAACCCGAUGAUGAUGAAACGAGCGAUCGCCUCUUUGGGAUCGACUCGAGUCUCCUACUCAAAAGCUAUCUUCCAAGCACGGUGGCGACCGGAAAGGAGUCACAACUGGCUAGCUUCCGACAGCCCAACGUGCGUCAUCAGCCAAGCGCUGCACCAACACCCUUACACCGGGCACCAAGCCUCGUCGCUGCUACGCCAAGACAGUCGUUCUUUGAAGCAGUUCUACGGAACAAACUACGCAAGAGCUCGAAUGAGGUUCUUCCGAGCACAUUAGAUGCGCGUGUCGAGGCGAGCCCGCAAGGGGCUGAUGAAGCCCCAAAAAAGCCUCGGCCGGCGUCGACUGGCGCCUGCGGCACAAAUCGGUCGGCGCGAAAAUCCUCUCAGGGCAUUACACGUCAGCCGCUGGCAAUGGCGACGAGCCCCAGCGGCGACAUUACGCCGUCGUUGGGAGGAGUUCGUAUGCAGCAGUUCAUGGUGCUGCCAACUGGGGGACCACCAAACCAGCGCCUCGCCGAGAAGAUCGAGUCGAUUGAAGCGUACAUGAGAGAGAACGACAUGCGGCGCAUGCAGUCAUUAUUGACGCCGCGCAAGUCAAGGCACAGCAAGUUCGAUCACCUCUUCAACCUGAGAGAGAGCCAAUGCCCAUCGCCUGUGGCUCACCCGCGUCCGAACAAGCCGCCCGUGAUUCAACUGGCGAUGUGGGGAGCAGAGUCACGCACUCCUGUGCGGUCCAAUCUCAACAAAGACAUGCUCGUGCCCAAGGCCCCC